AUCGCCCCCUUCACACUUGACAAAAAAAAGGACGGCGUCAUCAAACUUGAGAAGAAAGUCAAAGCGGACGCCUAAAUUAGCAUUUUGUUGCUCCAAGCUUACACCUUCAAAGCUGUGUAUCUUCUCUUCUACAAACCCGACUCUCUAAUGUCACGCAUUCUUCUCGGCCGCUUGUCUGCAGCUAGACGUCCUGCCACGAUCCCGACUUUCCAGAGACGCUUUUUCCACAAUGCCGAGAAAUAUGACGCACUCGUGAUAGGUGCUUAUACCAAUGCAGAGGAGAUCUCUCUUUCUGCGACUCAAAGCAUUUCGUCCGGAACACAAAAAGUCGUGCUUGAACAACUCGCAGCUUCUGCCUUUAAGAAACAAGGUGACGUGCGCACUUUGUAUAAUGUCGGUGGCGUUAAGCAGGUUGCUGUGGUAUCUCUUGGCAAAAAGGGCGAAACCACAGGCGAAGCCGAGCGACUUGAAAGUGCAAGAAUGGCGUCGGCUCUAGGUAUCCAAGCCUUACGCAAACAAGGCGUCAAGAAUGUGGGCGUGGAUGUAUCUGUGAGCGCGCACGGUGCAGCUGAAGGCGCUGUUUUGGCCCAAUUUGCGUUUGACAAGCUGAAGAACGAAAAGUCGCGUGCUGAUGCUAUUCAGGUGACGCCAUUCUCGGAAUCUGCCGAGGAGUCGAAACUUGACUGGGAAAGCGGUCAAAUCUAUGGCGCGUCGCAAAACUUGGCCCGUAUGCUCAUGACCUCGCCUGGAAACUUGAUGACCCCCAAGCUGUUCUCGGAGGAGGUCGCGUAUCUUUUGGCCGGGUUGGAAAACGUGGAAGUUAUUGUGCAUGAUGAGGAGUGGGCUCAACGUCAAAAGAUGAACUCGUUCUUGGCCGUUGCCAAGGGAAGUGAUGAAGCACCCCGAUUUUUGGAAAUUCAUUACCGAGGUGCAACUGAAGAUCAGGCACCGCAUGGAUUUGUUGGCAAGGGUGUCACAUUUGACUCAGGAGGCAUUUCGCUCAAGCCAUCCAACAACAUGGCGCUCAUGAAGGGUGAUAUGGGAGGAGCUGCUACCGUGGCCGGUGCAUUAUAUGGUAUCUCGAAGCUUCAGCUGCCAGUCAACAUUGUUGCCACAAUCCCUCUCUGCGAAAACAUGCCUUCAUCCAAAGCCACCAAGCCGGGAGAUGUGGUUCGCGCCAUGAACGGGAAAUCGAUUGAGGUCAUGGAUACUGAUGCUGAAGGACGGUUGAUUCUGGCCGAUGCACUUUACUAUCUCAGCUCUAAAUUUUCACCUGAAAGCAUCAUUGAUUUAGCGACUCUGACAGGUGCCAUGGACGUGGCUCUUGGCAACGUAUACGCUGGCGUAUUCACAAAUUCGGAUGGCUUGUGGAGCCGACUGAAUGAGGCCGGUAUACUAACCUCUGACCCAUUCUGGCGCAUGCCUCUGCAUGAGGGAUACUUGAAGGAGAUGAAGGAGUCAGACGUGGCAGACCUCAACAACCUGGGCAAGGGCAGAAGUGGAGGUGCUGCCUCGGCUGCAGCCUUCCUAUCAGAAUUCGUGGCUGGCUUAGAUCCUGAGGAAGGUUACAAGGUGCAGCACCCUGCGUGGGCACACAUUGACAUUGCAGGCGUGAUGGACAGCGCAUCGACUCAUGGCUACCAUAUCAAGGGCAUGUCAGGACGACCUACUCGCUCGCUGAUAGAAUAUGCAAGAGGAAUAACAACAAAGCAACAAUAAAAAACUAAAGCGGACCAGGGCACGCACACUUUAACAAGCUUUAUUAGCUCUUUAAU